AUGUUGUCUAAGAGAGUGGUGUCCCGAUUAUCAUCAUCAGCAACAUCGACAACUCCAGUUGUUGUGGCUCGGGAGCUCACCUUUUCAUCAUCAUCACCAUGGCUUGUACGAACCAGUAUUUGGAAUCAAGUUAUUGGAACAAACCAUGCCACCAGAGAAUAUUCUAAAAUUUACCAAAGUAAUUACGGAAGAAUGAUUCUAAAUCCAAAUGGUGUAAUUCAUAGAAAUAUAUUUAUGAGUAGCAUAAAUAGUUUGAAAAAUUCGCCAAACAAACAUUGCAUCGGAAAGAGAGAAUUUUCAACUGCAACAAUAUUUCUACAGGAUGAACAAUCCAAUUUAGAAAAACUGGGUGAGACAAGACCCAAGAAGGUGUUGCUUGUUGAUGGAACUCCGUUGGUGGUGAGAGCCUAUCAUGGUACGCCUCCAUUAAGCACAUCGACUGGAAUACCAACAAAUGCCGUGCUAACAUAUGUGAAGAGUCUUGUUAAUAUUUUGCAAUCAGAUCACUAUGACUAUGUGGGGGUGUUUUUUGACUCUGGAAAGCCCUCCGUUCGAAAAAGCAUUUCCCCAGAUUAUAAGGCAACCCGUAAACCUACUGAUGAUCUUUUGAAAAAACAAUUUCCAAUUUGUAAAUUACUUACUGAGAAAAUAGGUAUCAAAGUUAUAAGCAUGGAUGGAUUUGAAGCUGACGAUUUAAUAGCAACAAUGACUCGAGAAGCAAGAGAGUUAGACCAUUCUGUUGUUGUUGUAUCCUCUGAUAAAGAUCUUCAUUGCUUGGUUGACGAGCAGACUGUCAUGCUAGAUCCAAUGACCAAAAAAACUAUAUCAAUGGAUGACAUCAUUGACAAGUAUUCAUUACCACCAAAGCUUAUUCCAGAUUAUUUGGCCCUUGUUGGAGACACUGCAGAUAAUAUUAAAGGUGUCAAAGGAAUUGGAAAGAAAAAAGCUGUUGCCUUGCUAGAGCAAUUUAUAUCUGUCGAUGACAUUAUCAAUAAUAUAGAUAAAAUUCCAGACAAGAAAUCAAGAGAUGCUAUUUUACAACAUCUCGAUGAUCUCAAACUUUCCCUGCAACUAGUUCAGUUAGAUGAACACGUUUCUUUACCUUACAGUUUAGAUGAUUUAAGAUUGGAUAGCAGUGCUCUAAAAUUAGCAUCCAACCAUGAUUUUGUGAAACAACUUGAAGAAUUAGAAAUGAAUUCCAUUUUGAGACUCAUACAAAAGAAAUCCAAAACAGAAGUACUUAACAGUGCUACCAAUAGCAGCACCGAUACAGCAUCAGAAAAAAAAUCUAAAGGAAGAAAGAAAGCAGCGGUAGAAACAAUGACCCUUAGCAAUACGAUGACAUCAGCCGACCUCGAUCUAGUCAAGCAAAAUUAUGCAGAAAGUGACAGCACCAUUGGAAAGAUAACAAAGGAAUGUGAAUAUAACAUCAUACUUAAUGAAAAAGAGCUUGAUAAUCUUAUCAAUGAUAUCAAGUCAUGUGGAUACGUGUCCUUCUCUACAGAAGUUUGUCUACUGAGCAUGCACAAUCCUGUACUGGCCGGAAUGACCUUUUGUCUACAAAAAGGUGUUGCAUAUUACGUCCCUUUCUUUAAAAAUGGCAAAGUGGAAUUCAAGGAAUCGAUUGAACUGCUUGCACAAAACACAAUGUGGCAAAAAAUUAAAACAGAGAUCAUGGAAAAUAGCAACAUUCUAAAAAUUGGUCAUGAUCUCAAACGUCAUAUUAAGGCUCUUGCUCACUAUGGAGUUUCUAUUAACAAAUUUGAUGAUAUUAUGGUAAUGUCAUAUGUAUUAAAUUGUGGUAAGCAUGGACAUGAGAUGGAUGAACUUGUAGAACAUAUAUUAGAAAAGAACCCUAAGGAAUAUUUAAUUCCAGAAAAAGAAGUACUUGGAAUUGGUAAAAAGAAAGUCACUCUUCUAGAAGCUGACAUUGUUGCCGUAGUUCAUUAUACUUGUCAGCAUUCAGAUGUCACGAAACAAAUUUAUGACAUUUUAAAGCCAGAAUUACAACAACUUCCCAAACUGACUCAGUUAUACGAAACUAUUGAACGACCAUUGGUGGAAACUCUUGCUGCAAUUGAAAUGAAAGGAGUAUUUAUGGAUGAAGAGGCUCUCGAUAGAAUGGAAGUAGAAUAUAAAGAAAAAAUUAAAGAUGUAGGAAACAAAAUUCGGGAAGCUGCAGGUUAUACAGCUAUUGACCAUAUUGAAAUUUCUACCGAAGAAGAAGUUGCGGAAAUCUUGUCCAAUAUGGAAGAAGGAGAAAAAUUCAACAUUAAUUCGAACCGACAAUUAGGACAAGUGAUAUUUGAUAAGCUUGGUAUUGGAGGCAAAUACAAAAAGAAGACAAAGCUUGGUGACUACAUUUUAAAUGCUGAAGUUUUGGAAAAGCUUGCAGAAGAAGGUCAUGCCAUUGCCAAGUACAUUCUCGAGUAUAGAGCUCUCACAAAAUUAUACAGCACCUAUAUAUAUGGUCUCAAGCAGCAUAUUAAUCCUUAUACAAAAAGAAUUCACACAACCUUUCAAAAUGCUCUCACUGUUACAGGCAGACUAAGCUCUGUCAUGCCCAACAUUCAAAACAUUCCUGUAAGAACGAAAGAAGGAAAACAAAUUCGUAGAUGUUUUAUUGCGCCCUCUGAUGAUUAUGUCAUUAUGAAAGUCGACUAUUCGCAAGUAGAAUUGAGAAUUUUGGCCCAUCUUGCUCGAAUUGAUGUACUGAAAGAAGCAUUCAAAAACGGCGCUGACGUACAUGCCAUCACUGCCAGUCAAGUUUUCAAUGUACCAAUUGAUAAGGUGGACAAAGCUACCAGAAAUAAGGCAAAGGCCAUUAACUUUGGAAUUAUUUAUGGAAUGAGUGAAUUUGGUCUCUCAAAACGAAUUGGUGUUGACAAACAAACUGCAAAAGCAUUUAUUGAGCAAUACUUUCAACAAUAUCCUGGUAUUAAGAAAUACAUGGAAAACACCAAAGAUUUUUGCAGAACACGAGGUUAUGUAAAUACAUUAUAUCACCGAAGAUGUUGGAUUCCUGGUAUUAAUGAUGCUGGAAAUAAUGCAGGAUUUGCAGAACGAACCAGCAUUAACACACCAAUUCAGGGAACCUCGGCAGACAUUACAAAAAUUGCUAUGAAUAGUUUGCAUAAGGCCUUCUUAGAAAAGGGACUUCGAACUAGAAUGAUCAUUCAAGUGCAUGAUGAAAUAGUUUUUGAAGUACCAAAGGAUGAAGUGGAGAUUGUGCAACCAAUGAUUGUCGAGUUGAUGGAAGGAGCUCCUUAUUUUAAUGGAACUUCAUUCUCUGUUCCUCUCACUGUAGAGGUCUCUAUUGAUAGCAAGUGGCUUGCCGAUGAAUAA